AUGGAGAAUCAAACACACGACAACAUAACAACCUCAUCAUCGAUUGAAAUUGAUGCAGCUGCUCAGCAAUAUGUCCUUCAACUAUGGAUUUCAGUCUCACAGUUUCUCUGGUGGAUGAUCCUAGUAAUAUCAUCUCUGACCGUACCUACGCUACUGUAUGCUUUAUAUACAAUGUUGACAAAGUACAAGAAGAGCAACUACUUUCAUUUUCUGACACCAAUGAUAGUGUUGGAUUUGAUCAAUUUGACUACGGUUAUUUGUAAUUUGUUCUCGGAUAGCUACAAAUUCAUGAAUGGUAGGCUGACAGUUUUUGUUAUAACUUUUUGCAAAAAAUAGCUAAGGACACAACAAUUGGUGACAUAGUAAAGCGUUUUAUUGCCUAUCUUGUAGUUUAAAUAACUUUUUAAGUUUUAAGUUUAAUUCGAUAUUACAGUAGUUUCAACGAGACUCUAUAGAAGAAUAAUAAAAAAUUUUUUAAAAUAAAAAAAAAUGUUUUUAGAAAAUUUAGGUAAUUCGUUUAGUAAAGCAUACAAAAUACAUUAUUCAUAGAAGUUUUCAAGUUUUUGUCUCAAUUUGUGAAAGAGUUACAUUAGAUUGAAAAUGUCGAAAAUCAAAAAAAGUUCAAAUCCGCUUAGAGAAAGCGCUCUUUUUAGCAAAUCAAACCGCAUUUUUAAGCGUUAGCUAUUGUAAAAAACCUAAAAUACGACUUUUUAUACUAAAAACACUUUCUUUAAAUUUUUUAUUAAUUUUAAAAUUUCAGGGAGUUUCAUGUGCCGCCUAACCGCCUUCCUCACCAAUGCCACGAUGUGCUGUGUCAACUGGUUAUGGGUCAUGAUGUUCACUCAACGUUUUGCCCACAUAUUCUUUUCGAUUCACCGGUCCAAAAAAGGGCAUUUGCUAUUUUUAACCGACUCGAAAAAACUAUUAAUAUUUACCAUUUUCAUGUCCUUAAUGACACAGGUAAGUGCAGCUACUAUAAUAUACGUACUAUUUACAAAUCUACUAUGUUAUACGUAGUAUUUAUGUUUGAAAAACCAAGGCUUCGAUAAGCAAAACCAUUGAUAUUUUGUUUAUUUUUAGUUUUUUUUUGUAAAUUAGAGACGAAAUGUCAAAAAAUAUUUUUUCCAAUAAUUUUUGUGACGUUUCGUUACAAGUUAUAAAAUAAUGAAAAAACUUGUUUUACUCAUUAUAAUGGCAGUUUUUUGUGCUAAAAGACGUUAUUUAUGUUUUUAUGAUUUAUGUUUGACGAAAUCUUACAAAAUAUUUUUUCCAAUAAUUUUUGUGACAUUUCGUCCAAUUUCAAAAACUAGCUAAAAACUGCCUUUUUAAGUUAAAAUUAGUUUUUGUAUUAUCAAUUAAAAAAAAAUAUUGCAAUUUUCAGAUAUGGGCUCCAAUGGUGAUGACAGAGCACCGUAUACCGAGUACGGGUGACAAUAUGGAAGCGACCUAUUGUUCAGUCGACCUAACAUUAAUCAAUCCCGAGUUGUACAAAUGGAUUGCGGCUGCUGAGAGUUUGUGGACCUACAUGGUGCCAUUCGUAAUUACAGUUCUCACCGACUUUGCUGUUCUUAUGUUCACACGGGAAAGCAAGUGGUAAGGCUAGUAUAUCAAAGAUCAAAUAGCAAAAGUUAUAGAACAUGUGAUUUUUGUGUACUAUUGAAAUGUAAAAUACGUUGAUCUGAUAGUAAUAUUUGUGAUAUCAGGUUUUUUAAAAGUUUAAUUUAAAAAAUUAGAAAAUCACAACAAAGUAGGUUGCGAUAGAAGUACUGUAACUUUCGAAAUAUUGUAAAUUUGAAAAAACGUGUUUAUGGCAUAGUUAAUGGACAUAAUGGCAUAUUAUUAAAAAGAAAAAUUAAGGAUGUGGCUGUUUGUUAAAAAAGUUAGGGCAUAAAUAAAGUGGCUCAUUCAUACCACUUGAAAAGCCUUGCCUUGCCUUGCCUUGCCUUGCCUUGCCUUGCCUUGCCUUGCCUUGCCUUGCCUUGCCUUGCCUUGCCUUGCCUUGCCUUGCCUUGCCUUGCCUUGCCUUGCCUUGCCUUGCCUCGCCUUGCCUUGCCUUGCCUUUUAAGCUUAGUAUAGUUACUACGACUGACUGUUAUGUACUUAAAACAUGUUUACUCAUUCCCCAACCUUUUUCAGGUUCACAACAAUCUCUACGCAAUCAGUAGCAGCCAAAACCCGAAUGGGAUCCAUACCAAUAUCGUUAAAAAUUCAAUCGGAAGAAGGAAUGAAAGCUGCUCAUCGUCGACGUCGUCAAGCAAUACGACGAUGUCUAGUACUGGCGACAACACAGUUACUACUAAACAUGCCAAAUUAUGUUCUACAAGUUGUAGACGAGUUUACGGGUUUGCGGGGUAAAAAUGGUGACAUGGCCAUCAUGUACUUGUACGCCGAUGCAUUUUUGUACGGACUGUACAUGCUACAGUUUCCAAUACUAGCAGUUUUUGUGAAAUUGUUACACAGUAAUUACAAAUCACGGUAAGUUAUGUGGUUUUGAAGUAAUAUAAAGCUGAUGUGACAUGAAGUUAUAAAUUUUUUAUUGAUUUGGCGAAAUGUCACAAAGUUUCUACUAGUGUGACGAAAUGUCACUAAACUUAUUGAUUAUGACAAAAAAGAUAAAAAAUAUUUAAAAAAUUGUAAAAUACAACGUGUUGAUUUUGGUUUUUAAAUUCAGUCAAUUUUUGGAACGGAAUGUCACAUUAUAAAAAAAUCCAAUAAUUUUGUGACAUUUCGUCAAAUUUGUCAAAACUUUAAAAAAUGAUGUUUUUUGGCUUCUUAUGGCAAAAUAUUGACUUCUAUGUGAUCCAAAUUAAUUAAAAUGUUAUUUUCAGAGAAAAGAACCGCUCUAAACGUUGGAAAAGCUCAAUGGGCAACGAGACCAUCACUGUCGAACUGACACGCCAUACGAAUGGUUCAAUCGACUCGAAUACGAUACGACGGGAAUCUCAAAUGUAAGUGUAAGUUUGAUUUGUAUUUAGACUAUUGACUCAAGCUUUCGUAUUUUACUUUUUUUUUAACUUGUUUUGAUUUUUGAAAGCUCAGGACUACGGCGACUAAAAAAGCUAUAAAAUCAGCACCAGUGGAACCAAUAUUCCAAAAUUUUAUACAGUAAUCCAAAAUAAGGCGUAUUAUCAUAAUUUAAUGUUUUCAGUUGUGUAUGUAACGAAACCUCACUGGUAUGA